AUGCGUGUCGACCGCUGCCGUCAUGACCACUGUCCUAGCAUCGACAAGUCAGAGGGCAAAAUACGUCGAAUCCACGCUGCCGCGCGACUCACGAAACAAUCCGGCCGUCGCGUCACCACGACCUCGUCUAAAGAUGUCAAACAUCCGCCAGACGGAAUAAUCGAAUUAAAAACAGCGGCGGAAGAGGCGACGGUUCGAAACGCUAUGUCGUCAUUCACCGCUACCCGCGACACAAUCCAUGACCGUGACUAA